GCUCUAUACUUUCAGACAGCCAGUGUGUGUCGGGGAGAACAUUGCUGUCGUGUUUCUGUGUAAGCGAGAUUGCGUGUGUGUACUAUUAUAUGUGCGUGUUUGCGUGUGUGAGUUAGUGGUUAAAGCAGCCUCUUAGGAUGAGAGGCAGAGAGAGACAGACGGUGUUGUGAUUGAGAGUUGGCAACAUCGCCUCUCUGCCGCCUCACCCAGUCCUCAUCCUGCCCUCCUCUCUCUUUCCUCUGGCUCUGAUCUACAACACCGCUGGGAUGUCUUCUUCUCCAGGAUCCAUGGACGGCAGCCAGAGGAAUAGCUCAGAGAAGGUGCCACCCCACGUGAAGGAGGUUGAGCCUGCCCAGGUGAAGCCAAAGGAGGUGGAGCCUGGCCAGUUUAAGCUAAAGGAGGCGGAGCUUGCCCAGGCAAAGAUGAAGGAGAGGCAGAAAUUCUUUGAAGAGGCAUUCCAGCAAGACAUGGAUCAGUACCUGUCCACCGGCUACCUGCAGAUCAGUGAGAGGAGAGGGCCAAUAGGAAGCUUUUCGUCCAUGGAGGUGAACGUGGACAUGCUGGAGCAGAUGGACCUGUCCGACCAUGAGAGCUUUGACGUCUUCCUCCUCUCUGGGGGAGAGGACAACAACGCUGCCUCCCCCAUGCUAGGUCCAGACGUUGACUCGUUAACCACAGAGUUCACCCUGCAGGUUCCCACCCAGGCUGAGCUAGGAAACAAGCUGUCCUCCCUCUCCUCCACAUGCACUGACAGCCAGGCCACAGAGGCUGGGGACGAUGAUGAAGAGGAUGAAGGGGGGAGGGAGGACAGCAGCCACCGUCCUGUUGGGGUGCAGAGGUUCCCCCCAACACUGUCCUAGCAGAGAGGCCACCACCCCCCACCCAAAAGCAAGACACUUAACACUGGGGACAGCAGCUCACAGGCCACAUAAGGGCCAGAGUAGGAGCUAAGACAAUGAACAGACCGAAACUGAGCGGAAUAUAUGCUAUGCACUGGAUGCAUGGAGGAAGAGAUGCGUAAUUUAUGUGUCCUGUAUUUUCAUCCAUUUCUGGAAAGAAAUAACUCCAUGUUGAACAUUGUGGUUACAGUAUUAUUCCCCCAUAAUCUCUCGACUUGGUAAUAAAUAUUUCACCACCCUGUA